AUGGCUGAUCCUACCAAAGAGACGGCCGUAGGGCACAACUACUUCACCGACGACGAUAAGUAUCUGUUCCUACUGAUGGUAAACAGCUUGGUUUUCUUUCUCGGAGUGCCUGGUAACUGCCUCAUCCUGCGUGUUUAUUGGACCAAGAUCCGUAAGACCAGCACCCACGUUCUUAUCAUGGCCCUGGCUUGGGCUGAUCUGUAUGUCUGCUUACUAAGAAUACCCAUGAUCAUUUCUUUAAUUUUAUAUCAUUCUGCAGCCGAUGACCGUGAAACAUUUGCAACUGUUUUAAACUUGACUCUGUGUUCGGAAUGCACAGGGUUGAUCACAUCCCUACUGAUCACAACGAUCAUAGCAGCCGAUCGCUACGACUGCAUUUGUCGCCCUCGCAGGCGUUUCUUCACUCCCAGAAGGGCCAAGGUCAUUGUCAGUGCCACCUUGCUUUUGUCGUGUGCCAUAAAUAUCCCACUUAUCGUUGCCACAAUAACAUCCUACUCGCUAACACUGAUUAUACUGACAGUGACGUUUCUCGCGGCUUCGUAUGUAAUUGCGCUGGUGACGAUGAUUGUGUUUUAUGUGAGAGUCUACGCAAAGAUCCGAAAACAUGUCAAAGGUGCCGUCCCCACACCCCCGGUAGAUCACAGAGAUGACGUUGCUCAUGUUCCCAAACGCGAGACGAAUAGAGAGAUCCGGCCCAAAGUUGCAUCGGUUGAUAUGCCAGUGGUCAACAAUGCUGUCUCAUCAUCCGUCGAUCGACCGACUUCGAACACAUCCCGUGGCAACACCGUCGACAACCUUCAGUCGAAGAAUCAAUCAAAGAUCUGUGCUGCCUCUGCCGUUCAUGAUGUUUACGACGCUAUGUCCAACUGUCCUGGCACAUGUUCUACCAAAGCGUUCAUCACAAACACGACGAAUAGUGUUGCACUUUUGCCACCAGUUGAAAUGCCCAUGCCUGAUUUGCUUCAGAAAGUUGCCGCAAAUGGGAACAAGCUACCUGGACCGGUUGGUGUUGGUACUGGAGGGGAAGCAACUCAGCCUGUCGUGAGUGGGGACAGACGCCCCCACCUUCAGCUGAUGAGACACGCCCCAAAGAAGGUCGGUGCAGCAGUCCUACAGCGCAAGACGACCAGAAUGCUCCUCGUCACAAGUGCAGUUUUUCUGGCGACGUGGCUGCCAUAUUUACUUCGUGUCACUGCUCAAUUCGCUGUUAUGAGCGGUGUAGAGCACAUCAACAACCUUUUUCUCGAAACAACAGAGUAUCUUGUGGCGUUAUUAUUUGUGAAUAAUGUCGCCAAUCCGCUGAUUUACGGGGUUGCAAAUCGGCGAUUCAGAGAAGACUGUAGGAAUGUGAUGAGCAAAAUGAGGGCUAGGUGUUCUUAA